AUAAUUCGUCGUUUUUAUUUUCCUUUUUACUAUUAUAUUUUGAGACCAUUGCGAAUUUUUAACCGUUUGUAAAUAAUAAUCGUUCGGUCUUAACAUACUUUAAACUAUUAAUUAAAUUAAUAUUUGUAGCCGAUAUCAAAACAUCGAAUGUUCGAAAACGAUUUUCGCACCAUAUAAUAGUUCUACCAUCGGAUACAUCACAAAAUUAUACUAUGGAGGACCUUAGAAGAUAUUUAGAGCAAACAUUAAACAAAGUUGAAGGUCUUUAUUCAAUUUUUAUAUCUGAUUUUGAUGGUGUAGUAAUUCUAAAAGCUCAUGCCAAUAAAUCAUCUGAACACAAUUUCAAUUUUAAACAUUCGUUUCUGUCAGAAUUUAAUUCUGCAUCGGAACAAGCAGGAAAACUAGAACUUGGAAAAAACAAAACAGUUAUUUGUUUUUAUACAAAUAAUCAAGUAGUCCAAAUAAAUUGCCCAAGAUUUUUAGUAACAUUUGUGGCUGCUGAAAAAGCAAAUACUGGCAAUAUUUUGGGGUUAGAAAAGGUAUUGGAACCAUUGUUAAAAGAUUUAAGAGCCAUACAGUUUCCUUAGUUAUUAUUAUUUUUGUUUUUGUAUAAAACAUAUUAAUUUUUUUCUGUUAAUUUAUAACUAUCUAUUUUAUUGUUAUAUUUUACUCCAACAUAAUGUCAAAAAGGGUAUAAAUGUUUAUGAUCUUUAUUCAUUGUGUUAAUUUUUAACUGUUAAUACAAUAUACAGUUAGAUUCACUAUGGUA